CGCCGUCAAGGGAGCGAGUCAUUCUUCCCCUCACUUUCCCUGGGGUUUCUGGCAUUCCUUUCCGGAAACCGCAACCCCUCUGGAGACAUUUUCCUCAUCUAUUCCGUCGCGUCAUCCGUUUUUAUGCUUUUCUGUUAGUCGCUGUCCUGGGAGUUCCCUCUCCACAGAAAACUACUUUCCGGAGGAAGGUCGAAAGGACUACAACUCCCAGGGGGCUCUGCGGUCUGUCCCUUCCAGCGCAGUGCAAGUUGGGUGCUGAGGUCCCACGAUCUUCUAGUCGCGUGCAGCCAGGAGCAAGCGCACUACAGGUUCCGUGGCGCCUCGCGCGUUGUGUCAGCAGCGGCAGCCGCCAAGGUGCCUGAGGUGGAGCUGAAGGAUCUGAGCCCCUCCGAGGCGGAGCCCCAGUUAGGACUGAGCACGGCGGCCGUGGGCGCCAUGGUACCCCCAGCGGGUGGAGGGGACCCAGAGGCUCCAGCUUCAGCUCCUGCGGCGGAGCGGCCCCCGGCCCCUGGCCCGGGCUCGGGGCCCACCGCGGCUCUGAGCCCUGCGGCCGGGAAGGUCCCUCAAGCGUCGGCCAUGAAGCGGAGCGACCCUCAUCACCAGCACCAGCGGCAUCGCGACGGCGGCGAGGCCCUGGUCAGCCCCGACGGCACGGUCACCGAGGCGCCGCGCACGGUCAAGAAGCAGAUUCAGUUUGCUGACCAGAAGCAGGAAUUCAACAAACGUCCCACUAAAAUUGGACGUCGCUCGUUGUCUCGCUCCAUCUCUCAGUCAUCUACUGACAGCUAUAGCUCAGCUGCCUCAUACACAGAUAGCUCUGAUGAUGAGACGUCCCCCAGGGACAAGCAGCAAAAGAACUCUAAGGGAAGUAGUGACUUCUGUGUCAAGAACAUCAAACAAGCAGAGUUUGGACGCAGAGAAAUUGAAAUUGCUGAGCAAGAGAUGCCUGCCUUGAUGGCUUUAAGGAAGAGAGCCCAAGGAGAAAAGCCUUUGGCUGGAGCCAAAAUUGUGGGUUGUACACACAUCACUGCUCAGACAGCCGUGCUUAUGGAGACUCUGGCUGCUCUGGGGGCACAGUGCCGAUGGGCUGCCUGCAACAUCUACUCCACCCUCAACGAAGUGGCUGCUGCCCUCGCAGAAAGCGGGUUUCCCGUCUUUGCCUGGAAAGGAGAGUCAGAAGAUGACUUUUGGUGGUGCAUUGACAGAUGCGUGAAUGUGGAGGGCUGGCAGCCCAACAUGAUAUUAGAUGAUGGAGGAGAUCUUACUCACUGGAUUUAUAAAAAGUAUCCCAACAUGUUUAAGAAAAUCAAAGGCAUAGUCGAGGAGAGUGUUACUGGAGUCCAUAGGCUGUACCAACUGUCCAAAGCUGGGAAGCUGUGCGUUCCAGCCAUGAAUGUUAAUGACUCAGUCACCAAACAGAAAUUUGAUAACCUCUACUGUUGCCGUGAAUCUAUCCUUGACGGGCUUAAAAGGACAACAGAUAUGAUGUUUGGUGGAAAGCAGGUGGUGGUCUGCGGCUAUGGAGAGGUGGGGAAGGGGUGCUGCGCUGCUCUGAAAGCCAUGGGUUCCAUCGUGUAUGUAACUGAGAUUGACCCCAUCUGUGCCCUGCAAGCCUGUAUGGAUGGGUUUCGACUGGUGAAGCUAAGUGAAGUCAUCCGACAGGUGGACAUUGUUAUUACGUGUACAGGGAACAAGAAUGUGGUGACCAGAGAGCACUUGGAUCGUAUGAAGAAUAGCUGCAUUGUUUGUAAUAUGGGACAUUCCAACACCGAGAUUGAUGUGGCCAGCCUGCGGACACCAGAACUGACCUGGGAGAGAGUAAGAUCCCAGGUUGACCAUGUGAUAUGGCCUGAUGGCAAGAGGAUAGUGCUGCUGGCAGAGGGCCGUCUACUGAAUCUAAGCUGCUCCACAGUGCCUACAUUUGUGCUCUCAAUCACUGCUACCACUCAGGCUCUUGCCUUGAUAGAACUUUACAAUGCUCCUGAGGGUCGCUAUAAGCAAGAUGUGUACCUGCUGCCCAAGAAAAUGGACGAGUAUGUGGCAAGCCUACACCUGCCCACCUUUGAUGCCCACCUGACAGAGCUGACAGAUGAACAAGCCAAGUAUCUGGGACUCAACAAGAAUGGACCCUUCAAGCCUAACUACUACAGGUAUUAAGUUCCUGUAAUACAAGCCAGAAGACAUGUUAAGGAAUAGAACCAAGCCUUUUCUCUACUACUAUCCAAGGAAGAACCCAGCAAGCUGCUUCUCCAAUCAGAGCUGCCCGCCGUGCUCAUCCUAUGUGUUAGGUUAUUUAUUUAUUAAAAUCUAGAAUUCUGUGCCUGUAGCCUUGGCCCAGAGUGUGGUUACUACUCCUGGGGCCGUGAGAGCCACAGAGGACAGGCUGAGGAAGGAAAGAAAUGGGCUAAUCAUUCCUAGCACUUCACUCGCAUUAUUGCCCAUUGAUGGAAUCCUCAGCGAUGGCCAUUUUUCUUUCCAGGCUCAGGAGUUAGUUCAGGGAUGCCAGACUCCUUGUUACUUAGGGUUUUCUGGAAUAAAUUUCAGCAGCUGCCUUUUUCAAAGCUUUGGUCCUUUCCCAGGUGAGGCCUUUUGGAAGCCACUGAAUUAACAAGGUCUGAAUUCUCGGCCUUGAUAGUUACUGACCCUGCCUUCCUUAUUAAAAGGCUGGUGAGGCAGGAGUGGUAAGGUCUUGUAAGCUGCACCAAGAACUCAGCUGUGCCUGUCCGUGCCUACUGGGAUCUCUUCUCUUACCCAGGACUCCUUUUUUUCUCCUUGAAGACUGUAUCCAUUUCAAUGCUUUCUGGUUCUAAGAGGGUUGUGACUUCAUGAUCUUAAUAGCUCUGGUGUUGGCCAGGCAUUUGUUUUACUUUCUAUCCCUACUAAACUCUGCUCAGGAACUGGCCAGCCAGCUCCGCCGGGAAGCUGCAGAAGACAGGAGACUCUGUAAAGUGUGUCCAGAUGAUGAUACCUAGUUUUAGGGCUGGAGGUUAGCUCACUGGUAAAGCACUUGCCUGGCAUGGAUAAGGCCCUGUGCUCAAUUGCUAGGAACCAGGGAAAGGGAUGAGGCACCAGUCUGAACCUCAUUAGACAUUCGUCCUGUUGCCUGUUGGCCUUGGUGAAAGUGAGAUCUGUAAUCUGAUAGCUUCUCUUUCUUUGCUGCUGCAGUAUCAUUAGGAUCUGGACCCUUCUGUUUAAGGAUUCUGUUUCAGAGAGUUUCUUAAGUAACUCCAACAUUAUAAAAUAGUAAUGUAUACAGUGUGAAGUUUCUCAUUCUACCCAAGAAUUGAAUAUUCUUUGGAGAUGGGCUGAAUGGUUUCGAGGUUUCCACUGGGAUCCAUUGGUUUCAAGAAUUAAAACCUGGAGUGACCCUAGGAAUCUUGAGUUGAAUGAAUCCCUCUCAUGGUCCUCCCUGUUUAGAAGUCUCGUGUUUGUGUCCUAUAUAUCUCUUAUAUUGUUCUGCUUCAGAGUCUCAAGACCAAGGUCAUUCAAACAGAGGAUGCCCAGAAUCACUAAAACCUUCAUCUAGAUUUUCUCCCCUGGUUCCACCAUCUCCACUGUCCCUUGGUCUUUGUGUGUGCCCUGGAAGCUAGUCUGGAAGUGUCCUUAUUUUCUAAGAUAGGGAGACAGAACUUGGGUAGGUGGCUGUUUGCCUUAUGAAAUGGCAUACAUUCUGGCUCACCCCAGAAGAUGGACUCUGCACAGGGCAUCAUCUGUGGCUAUAUUCUGUUGUGUAAGGAAGAUCAUAAACACUGAAGGUUUCACGGAGAUAGUCAGUUCUGUUUGCCUCAUUCUGAUUUCUGUAUUAAUAGAAUGCAUCACUCUCCCACUACCAUCUCUGUUUGUUUUUUUGUUAUUGUUGUUGGGGUUUGUUGUUGUUGUUUUGAGAUAGUCUCACUCUGUAACCCAGGCUGAACUCAAGGCCAUAGCAGUCCUCCUGCCUUGGCCUCCUGAGACUGUGUGCUGCCAUGCCUGGCUUCUUAAUUGGCUCUCUUUAGCAAAAGAUUAUAUCUCCAUGCCUCAUCUUAUGUCCAGAGCAGAUUCCAUUAGGCAUGUAUCUGGCUUGGACCCCAAGUCAUAACCUGGUGAUUUUCUGCAAAGCCUUGCUCUCUGCGGAGCUUCCUAUGGCUGGUACUUGCACAGUACGCCCUGCCACACCAUAGGGAAGAGAUCCGCUCUGAAUACAAAAGGAGGCACAUGGGUUUCUAAGUUAAGUUGAACCUGGAUGCCCAUAGUGAGGUAUCUGCCUGUGAGUUGUAGAUGACAUCUAUUCCCUUCUCUCUGGAGACUUCUGUGUCAUCAACCAUUAAGAAAGUAGCCAGAGUAGGGCUGUUAAGUCGGUGAUAGGACACUUGAUUAGCGUGUGCCAGGCCUGGGGUGAGUCUCCAGUACAGCAGACUUGUGGAGAGCUGGGAAGAAAGAAGGUAGCCCAGGACUCUUCUCUAGGUUCUGCCCUAAUGUUGGAACCAAGCAUUGUUCCCUCUAACCUUGGAAUAAGAGCAAAUUUCCUCUUAUUCCAACUCUUCCUCUUACAAGCACUCUGCUACCAGGAGACAAGGAGAAGAAGGCUGGUUGUCUCUGGUUCUGUGGCCCUGGGCAGAGGGGAAAUAUACCAUUUAUCUACAAUGAAUUUGUGCUACUUCAAGGUCUUCUUGAAGUCUUAGUGGAAAUAUUGUUUUCUUUUCCUUGUUAAACAAAAAUGCCUCUAAUCUACCUUGCUCUGCCCACCUCCUUCCUCAUGACUCCCUCCUGGGAGAGCAAGGCUCCCCAUGGCCACACACUCCUGCGAAGCUUUUUUUGCUGCUUGGCUUGUCUGAACAGAUCUGAAAUUGCUGCUCCUGUGGUUUCCUCAGAAUUAACUUUUGUCAUGGUUUAAAAAAAAAAAAAUCAGAAUGCAUUGUUGCAUCAAGCUUUUUUAAUAAAGGAAAAUUAUGGAAAGAAAAUAGGUAACACCAGCAAAUUAUAUAUUGACAUUGACAAGUCUAAACAUAUAUACAUAUAUAUAUGUAAAACACAUACAUAUCUAUACAAAUAAUCAUCUAGUUCGUAUUGUCAUCUUACUGAAAGGAACGAAGCCUCUAAGGAUCACCAGUUCUGAGAAGCUCUUGGAAAUCUAUAUGUCUAAGUGAUUGUAUUAGAUCAGCAAUAAUGACUAUGUAAUCUCAAAAAAUAAAGUAUUCUUAAAACUGA